UACUUAAUGCAUACGUAACUUUAACAAAAAUAACAACUCAUUGUAAACAAACAAUGAGAUAACCUAACAUUUAUUGUCUAGUUUAUUUGUAAAUAUCUGAGUGAGACCAAAGGUGACCGAAAAUAUCUUCCAAUAGGACUGCAAUAGGUUAUCAAUUAUUUAGUAUUGCGACCAUUGCAUUCCGCACGUUCGCCACAGUAGCACCAAUUUCUCCUCUAAAACCGGCAAGUAACAACCCCAUAAUGUCUAAUCCUGACUAUAAAGAAGCCACUUCAAUUUACGACUUCACCGUAAACGAUAUUAAUGGUGAGCCGGUCUCCCUGUCCAAAUACAAGGGCCACGUUUGUAUAAUAGUGAACGUCGCAUCCAAGUGUGGGUACACCGCCAACCAUUACACCGAACUCAACGACUUGUACACCCAGUAUGCUGAAAGCAAGGGCUUAAGGAUUCUGGCCUUUCCCUGCAACCAGUUCGGUUAUCAAGAACCUGGAGACAGUGGGGAAAUUUGCCAGUUUGCGAAGGCCAGGAAGGUGGAGUUCGACAUGUUUGAGAAGAUCAAUGUGAAUGGUAACAACGCACAUCCCUUGUGGAAUUAUCUGAAGCACAAGCAGGGUGGUACUCUGGGUGAUUUCAUUAAGUGGAAUUUCACCAAGUUCAUCAUCGACAAAAAUGGUCAGCCUGUGGAGAGGCAUGGACCCAGCACAAGUCCAAAGGAUUUGGUUAAGAAUUUGGAGAAAUAUUGGUAGAUUAGAAUUAAAAAGCACGUUUUUAAUUGAUAUAUUCGUUUACAUUUUAUAUACAUGUAUGUAAUUGUUUCAAAUAAUGUUAUAUUUAAAUAUAUUCUUUAUUGAAUAA